AUGGCAAGGACGCUAAAUACGCCUGUCUUCUUCACUGUCCAGGUGUUGCUGUGUCAGAUAGCAAGCAGCGGUGCCAACAGCUUCAGCGCCGACAACUUCGGCAUGGUUUCAUAUCAACAAGGCAUCAAUGGUGACUCGACGGAACGUGGUCGCCUCCCCCUGGUGUACAGCUUUCCGGAACCUACGUUCUACCCUGGCGUCACGUCCGGAACUUUACCUAUAAACGCCCACAACGAUCUCGUCGGCUUCAGUGGACUUGGUGACAUCGUGAUGGCAAGGACGCUAAAUACGCCUGUCUUCUUCACUGUCCAGGUUAGUUACACAUAUCCUGUACACUGCUAUCGUAGUGAUGAUCGGUGCUUGUUUCUGUCACCAAGUCCACAAACCAUAGUUAGAAGCGUUGCGUCAGUGUGUCGUGACUUGAUAUCGGCAUUGUUGUUACAAUCAGGAGAUGUAGAAACCAAUCCUGGACCUAGUAUCCAGGAAUCACUCGACCAGCUUCUUGCUGGCCAAUCUGAAAUGCGGAAAGAAAUAAGAGAGAUCAAUGAAAAACAAUUAAGUUUAGAUUCAUUUGUCAGAGAUGUCCUAACACGGCUGGAUAAGGCAGAAAAGGACAUAGAUGCGCUGCAAAAAAAAGAACGGGACUCUCCUCUGCUACAAGUUAUUGCAGAUAUUCAGCAAGCGAACAAACUACAAGAGAGGAGGCUUGUUGAACUCGAAAACAGGUCCAGAAAAGACAACCUUGUUAUAUUUGGCAUUGAAGAGCAACCCGGCGAAACUGGAGACUCGCUUAAAGACAAGGUCAUAAAUAAUCUUUUCAAAACCACUCUGAAGGUCACUGUAAACAGUGUUGACCGUCUGCAUCGUCUUGGUAGACAUGUUCCCGAGAAAACAAGGCCAGUCAUACUGCACUUCCAAGACCACAGUGAAAAAAUGUCUGUUCUUAAGAAUUGUCAUUUACUAAAGGGAAGUAAGGUUUCUGUCCGGCAUGAUUUGUCGCAGGAAACAAUUCGAACGCGAAAGUUGCUCUGGACAUCUGCGCAGCCAGAUAAACAAAACGACGCUAAAGUGUUUCUGGUUCAUGAUAAGCUUCAUGUAAACGGUGACAUUUAUGCGUGGGAUGACAGCACACAAACGCGCGUGAAACUGCCCAGCAGCAGCAAGAAACGUGUUUCCACCGCUCCGUGACGUCAGAAGCAAAUAACCUUCCGACUUGUGUCAUUUAAUGCGCAAAGUGUUUUGAAUAAACUUACAGAUUUCGAGGCAAUGCUCCUUGAUUUUGACCCCCACGCCACUUUGAUAACCGAAACAUGGCUGCACUCAGAUAUACAGGACAGCGAAGUCAUUCCGCCGACACACAAAAUUUACCGAAACGAUAGACUGUCACGUGGCGGUGGCGUUGCCAUUGUCCUGAAGUCCGAGUUAGGCGCGUGCCUACUACCAGGCAUUCCUA